UACAAAUUGUUGCACAACCUCACCCUGUCAUUCACAGCCACUCUGCUGGGUAGAAAGUUUGGAAAACAACAGGAAAACAUGUCUGCACUCAACAGAAAGAUCAUCAACACAGUCGGCCCGGCUGCCAUCGGACCCUACAGCCAGUCGGUGGUUGUGGACAGAACGAUGUACAUCUCGGGUCAGCUGGGGAUGGAUGUGGCCUCUGGUCAGCUGGUAGACGGGGGGGUGCAGGCACAGGCCAAACAGGCUCUGGUCAAUAUGGGGGAGAUCCUUAAAGCUGCCGGCUGUGACUACACCAACGUGGUGAAGACGACCGUGCUGCUCGCUGAUAUCAACGACUUCAACAGCGUCAACGAAGUCUACAAAACAUUUUUCAGCAAGAACUUCCCCGCCAGAGCUGCCUACCAAGUCGCCGCUCUCCCCAGAGGUGGGCUGGUGGAAAUUGAGGCAGUGGCUGUUCUCGGUCCUCUCUCAGACUCCUGACUAGACGGCCACAUCACAAACAAGUUGUAGUCUAACCGUCUAGUGACCUUUCAGAGCUGCACAGUGGAAGCCUUAUUGUAUUUCCAGAUGACACAUGAAAGUCCAAACUGGGAUCUUGAUGUUUUUUUCCUCCAUAUUUUCAGGUUUUAGCAUAAAUCUGUUUCUCCUCUUGCAGCUGGUUGACUUCACAUCUGAACUACUUUAAGUAUUUUACCACUUUAUUAAAACCCUUAAUAAAAGAGCUUUACUUAAUUCACAAGCAUAGAACAAAACUUAAUAAUGAAGUUGGAUGAGUUGGAUUGUAUCGGUACAACCAGUCAAACAUUCCCUGGUCACAGUGUCCAGAUUCAGGGUCACAUCAGCUUCCUGUUGGAGCUGUUUCUAUUUUUGUUUUUAGCUCAUCUUCUGUUUUACUUCAGGAAAACAUAACACAUUUUAAAAGUGAAUCUGUCGCUAAUAAAAAAAAAUGUAGUAACA